GACCAUGAUGUUUUAUUACCACAACCUUGUUCCAAUCUCAAACACAAACACUCUCUCUCUCUCUCUCUCUAGCUUUCUCUCUCUAGCUUUCUCUUUCUUCUCUCAGUUUAUUCCCAAUUUUGAUUCUGCUUAGAUCCCUUAUUCUUCUUCGUUGCAUCCGUUUCAUUACGCCAUUCCCUAUAUAUUCCUCCUUACCCUCUUCCUCAUACUGGUUUUCAUCACUGAAUUUCACACCAGAAAAGAAAAUUUACAAGAGAAAAUUUAGAACAGAACCUUGUUUUUUGAUUCAACAAUGCUAUUCUCCCAGAAAAUGCAACCCCAUAAGAUGGGGUCUCGUGAGUAUAUCCAAGCAUUGGAGGAAGAAAGGAAGAAAAUCCAGGUUUUCCCUAGAGAGCUUCCUCUUUCAUUGGAGCUUGUAACACAAGCCAUUGAAGCGUGUAGGCAGCAGUUAUCUGGAACGACGACGGAUUACAAUCUGAACAAUGGCCAAUCGGAGUGUUCAGGGCAGACAUCAACGGAGGAUGGUCCUGUUUUUGAGGAGUUUUUUCCUAUGAAGAAAAGGGCAGCUCCUGAUUGUGAUGAAAAAGAUGAGGAUGAUGAUGAUGAUGAACUACAUUCUUAUAAAAAGAAAUCAGAUUGGCUCAGAUCUGUGCAGUUGUGGAAUCCUAAUCCUUCAACAACUAAAGAGGAUUUGCCUAGGAAGACUAAUGUUGUGGAAGUGAAGAGGAAUGGUGGUGCGUUUCAUCCAUUCCAUAGAGAGGAAAGUGGUGUUGGAAAGGCUAGUAAUGUUGUAUCUGCAGCUUGUAAAGCACCGUCUUCACCGCCGGUACCUGCUACGAGUUCUACAGGACCAGUUAGAGUAGAUAGCAAUGAUGGAGGCAGUAAAAGAGAUGAGAAAGGACAGGCUCAGAGGAAGCAGCGCCGGUGCUGGUCUCAGGAAUUGCACAAGCGCUUCUUGCAUGCCCUUCAGCAGCUUGGUGGUCCAGAUGUUGCCACACCAAAACAGAUCAGGGAGCAUAUGAAAGUUGAUGGCCUCACCAAUGAUGAAGUCAAAAGUCAUUUACAGAAAUUUCGCCUGCACACAAGAAGAAGCCCUGUAAUUCACAACAAUGCUAAUUCACAAACAACUCCUUUGUUCCUUGUUGGGAACAUUUAUGUUCAACCAUCAGAAUAUGGUGCAGUAGCCACCACAACAACAGGAUCAGGGGAAUUGACCAAGGUUACUGCUCCAUCUGGAAUUUAUGCACCUGUGGCUGCACAUCCUCCAGCAACUGCAGUUAUGAAGAGUCCACAAUUGAAGCAAUUAGAGGUGUCCUCAAAUUCAGAAGAAAGGACCAAUCACAGUGAAGGGGCUGUUCAUUCAAACUCUGCUGCCUCAUCAUCCUCCACACACACCACCACAACUUCACCUAGGUGUUGAUUUGCAAGAUGCUGUAGAAAAUUUUGUAACCAAAGUUUAGUAUAAAUUAUAAAGUCAUCUUCUCUGUGAUAUUUAUCUUCUGAUUUUUUUUUUAAAUUUCUCUUUCUUCCUGUUGUCUGGGGGCUUAUAUUAUAGAGGUGAAAAAUACAGUGAAUGUGACAGUUUUGAUGUUAAAUAA